GAGGCACGUGAAUAACAGACGAAUUUUAGGGCUGGCAUUGAAGGAGCGUGGCAUCGUCCUCUCUAGUUCCUUCCACCUCCACCCCACCUUCCCCAAAAUUGCCUCUCCCGUGCGCUCCUUUAUAUUAUUCCUCUUUCGUCUCGCUCUCUCUAUUCUUCUCCAACUUUCACCGUCCCUUGGCUUCUCUCUCGAUUCGCCACCGCCCAACUCCGGCUAUGGCAUCUUUUGAUGAGGCACCUCCCGGUAAUCCCAAGACUGGCGAGAAGAUAUUCAAAACCAAGUGUGCCCAGUGCCACACGGUUGACAAGGGUGCUGGCCACAAGCAAGGACCCAAUCUAAAUGGGUUGUUUGGAAGGCAGUCCGGCACAACUCCGGGAUAUUCAUACUCAGCUGCAAACAAGAACAUGGCUGUGAUCUGGGAGGAAAAGACUUUAUAUGAUUACUUGCUCAACCCCAAGAAGUAUAUUCCAGGGACAAAGAUGGUGUUUCCAGGUCUAAAGAAGCCUCAGGAACGUGCAGACCUUAUUUCGUACUUGAAAGAAGCCACUUCACAAUGAUUUAUAAAACCUGAUACCAUUUGUGUUUUUGAAGUUCCCGAGAUUGAUUUUCGAACGUUUAUUCCUGCGACAAGUACUAUGUCUUGGCAAAUAAAAUAGACUAGAUAGAUUCACAAUGCUAUUUUGUCCGUUUAGCAUUGCUACUUAUUGGUGCCCGAACAGGGGUUGCCUUGUAAUGGCUGGUGUUUGAAUCAGCUAUGGACUCAAAUUUUAUCAAAUAUUGGAUUUGGAACUGUGAAGCAAGCUUUGGUUAGUGUUGUGCUAGAUGAGGGAAUUCAUUUUUCGGCACUUGCAUUUA